CGACACACACACGACACGCAGGGCCUCGCUCCCAGCCUAGCGCCCUCGCGCCCUCGCUCGAUCCGUCUGCCACAUGGGCAGCGCAGCUUCAACCUUGUCCACUGCCGGCCGCGUCUUAUCUUUUUAAACUUCAUCGCGAGCCAGCUGAGCUGUUGCGUCCCUCUCCGCUUACUACUACUACGACGCCUCCUCCUCCCCCGCGCACCACGACAGCUCUUAUCGGAGCCAUACCUCUCUCCUCUCUCUCUCUCUCUCACUCUCUCUCUUGUCGUGCUUGCUGUCUACCUCCCACUCCACCACACACUACAACUUAGUGUAGGCAUCAACUCCUCACAAUGGCGUCUGUGACCCAGCUCCCCCAGUCUGCUGCUGGCCAGUACGACUAUGUCGUCGUCGGCGGCGGCACCGCUGGUUGCGUUAUCGCCUCCCGCCUGGCCGAGUACCUCCCCCACAAGAAGAUCCUCCUCGUCGAGGCCGGCCCCAGCGACUACAUGGACGACCGCGUCCUCAACCUGCGCGAGUGGCUCGCCCUGCUUGGCGGCGAGCUCGAUUACGACUAUGGCACCACCGAGCAGCCCAUGGGCAACUCGUAUAUCCGCCACUCCCGCGCAAAGGUCCUCGGCGGCUGCUCCUCUCACAACACCCUCAUCUCCUUCCGCCCCUUCGAGUACGACUUCAAGAUCUGGCAGUCUCUCGGCGCCAAGGGCUGGGACUUUGAGACCUUUAUGCGCCUCAUGGACAAGCUGCGCAACACUGUCCAGCCCGUCCACGGCCGUCACCGCAACAAGCUCUGCAAGGACUGGGUCAAGGCCUGCAGCACUGCCCUGGACAUCCCCGUCCUCCACGACUUCAACCACCACAUUACCGAGCAGGGUGCCCUCAAGCAGGGUGUCGGCUUCUUCUCCAUCAGCUACAACCCCGACGACGGCAGACGGUCUAGUGCCUCGGUUGCCUACAUCCACCCCAUCUUCCGUGGCACCGAGAAGAGGCCCAACCUGACGGUCCUCACCAAUGCUUGGGUAUCCAAGGUCAACGUCAAGGACGACGACGUCGAGGGCGUCAGUGUCACCCUCCAGGACGGCUCCAAGCUCGACCUCCGCCCCAAGACCGAGACCAUCAUCUGCGCCGGUGCCGUUGACACCCCGCGCCUCCUGCUCCUCUCUGGUCUCGGCCCCAAGGAGCAGCUCUCCCAGCUCGGCAUCAACGUCGUCAAGGACAUCCCCGGUGUUGGUGAGAACCUUCAGGACCACCCUGAAAGCAUCAUCAUGUGGGAGCUGAACCAGCCCGUCCCGCCCAACCAGACGACCAUGGACUCGGAUGCCGGCAUCUUCCUGCGCCGCGAGGCCCCGAAUGCCGCCAAGAACCACAAGCUCAAGUACCAGAACCCUCAGGGCAUCCCCGACGGCGACAUUGCCGACGUCAUGAUGCACUGCUACCAGAUCCCCUUUACUCUCAACACCACCCGUCUCGGGUACCCCGAGAUCCGGGACGGCUACGCGUUCUGCAUGACGCCCAACAUCCCCCGCCCCCGGUCCCGCGGCCGGCUGUACCUCACCUCGGCCGACCCGUCAGUCAAGCCGGCGCUCGACUUCCGCUACUUCACCGACGAGGAGGGCUACGAUGCGGCCACGCUCGUCUACGGCAUGCGGGCCGCCCGCAAGGUAGCCGAGCAGUCACCUUUCAAGGACUGGAUCAAGUCUGAGAUCGCGCCCGGCCCCAAGAUCCAGAGCGACGAGGAGCUCAGCGAGUAUGCCCGCAAGGCCGCCCACACUGUCUACCACCCGGCCGGCACCACCCGCAUGGGCGACACCGAGAACGACGAGCUCGCCGUCGUCAACGAGAAGCUGCAGGUGCGCGGCGUCAAGAGGCUCAGAAUCGCCGACGCCGGUAUCUUCCCCACGAUACCCACCAUCAACCCCAUGCUUACUGUGCUGGGUGUUGCUGAGCGUUGCGCAGAGUUCAUUGUCGAGGAGGCCAAUGCCGAGAAGGAGAAGGCGAGGUUGUGAGUGGAAGUCCGGGCCAAACUGUUUUGGAUAUGUGUAUGAGGUUAUGACCACUUUUUGUUAUUUAAACGGUCGAAAUAAAAUCGAAUACUACAGCGAAACUGAAUUCAAAGUUCCCGGUUCGUUUCAGCGUGCGGAGAGGUGAUGGAUACUUUUUAUUCCAUGGUUAGCAAUGUUCAGGUCAACUGUGAAUCCAAUCUGCCAGAGACCCAAAGACCCAUAUAAGCUAUGU